AUGCAACUCUAUGCAAGUCUAUGCAAGUCUAUGCAAGUCUAUGCAAGUCUAUGCAAGUCUAUGCAAGUCUAUGCAAGUCUAUGCAAGUCUAUGCAAGUCUAUGCAAGUCUAUGCAAGUCUAUGCAAGUCUAUGCAAGUCUAUGCAAGUCUAUGCAAGUCUAUGCAAGUCUAUGCAAGUCUAUGCAAGUCUAUGCAAGUCUAUGCAAGUCUAUGCAAGUCUAUGCAAGUCUAUGCAAGUCUAUGCAAGUCUAUGCAAGUCUAUGCAAGUCUAUGCAAGUCUAUGCAAGUCUAUGCAAGUCUAUGCAAGUCUAUGCAAGUCUAUGCAAGUCUAUGCAACUCUAUGCAAGUCUAUGCAAGUCUAUGCAACUCUAUGCAACUCUAUGCAACUCUAUGCAACUCUAUGCAACUCUAUGCAACUCUAUGCAACUCUAUGCAACUCUAUGCAACUCUAUACAACUCUAUGCAACUCUAUACAACUCUAUACAACUCUAUACAACUCUAUACAACUCUAUACAACUCUAUACAACUCUAUACAACUCUAUACAACUCUAUACAACUCUAUACAACUCUAUACAACUCUAUACAACUCUAUACAACUCUAUACAACUCUAUACAACUCUAUACAACUAUAUACAACUCUAUACAACUCUAUACAACUCUAUACAACUCUAUACAACUCUAUACAACUCUAUACAACUCUAUACAACUCUAUACAACUCUAUACAACUCUAUACAACUCUAUACAACUCUAUACAACUCUAUACAACUCUAUACAACUCUAUAUAA